UUCAGUCUCACUCCCUCCCCCUCUCUCCCUAGUCUCUGUGUCUGUGCCUAUAGCCUCUCUCCCCCUUUCUGUGACAUACAGUAGAUGGUGCAUCGAUUGCACACAGACGCUUGCUUUCCCUCUCGCUGGCUCAGUCCUGUGCGGGGAGGAAGCGGACGGAUUGAGACGUAUCUCUCUGCUUCUCAAGCUACCUUUCCUCAUGCUGAGCUGCUGUGAGGAGCCUGCCUGCAUUCUCUCUCUCUCAUCUCGGAAGAUUCUGCUAUAGAGAUGUCUGGUGAGAACCUCCUGUCUUCUCCAGAGAUCUGAAACGGGCAUUAUGUCUCAACUCCUGCACAUGGAGAUUCCAAACUUCGGCAGCACUGUUCUGGACAGCCUGAACGAACAGCGGCUGCUGGGCCAGCACUGCGAUGUGGCCAUCAUGGUCAACGGACAGGCCUUCAAGGCCCACCGCGCCGUCUUGGCGGCCAGCAGCCUCUACUUCCGUGAUCUGUUCAGCGGUAGUGCCCAGACACUCUUCGAGCUGCCCUCGUCCGUGGCCCCGUCCUGCUUCCAGCAGAUCCUGUCCUUCUGCUACACGGGCCGGAUGACGGUGAGUGCCAGCGAUCAGCUGAUGGUCAUGUACACCGCAGGCUACCUUCAGAUCCAGAACAUCGUAGAGCGAGGUAUGGACCUCAUGUUCAAGGCCAGCGCUCCGUACUGCGACUCGCAGACAUCUGCCACAGACGAUCCCCCGAGCCCAAACAACAACAACUCCUCCCUGUUGCUAAGCGACCAGCCCACAACUGUCUGCAAGAUCAAGGAAGAGAAGCUGGAGACCCCGGUGUGCGCUCAGAACGGGGAACUAAAGCACUCCGAGGAGGACAGGGGACCAAGGGGCAGAUCUUCAAGGAAUGGCACUCUUUUCUACACAAGUGGAGGCGUGAACGGGGUCAUACCUGUGAUGCACGCUUACGAGCACUCGACCCGAGAUCACGCCAGUCCCGGUGCCUCUAGCCUCCCGACCACAGACAGCCCAACUUCACACCAAAACGAGGAGGAGGACUUUGAAGACGACUCAUACGAGAGCCUGACCAACGGGAAGAUCUUCGGGGGAUCGUCCGGGAUCUAUGGCAUACAAGAGAAGAUGGAGGUGUCCUCCCUGCCUCUGUCCUUGGAGAACCGUUUCUGCGUACUGUUAGGAGGAGACAGAGAGGCUCUGCCUGCCGGACUCAUCAGCCAGAUCGGCUACCGUUGCCACCCCGCUCUCUACACGGAGGGCGACCCUGGAGAGAGGCUGGAGCUGAUUGCAGGAUCUGGUGUCUUCAUGACUCGCGGGCAGCUGAUGAACUGUCACCUCUGCGCCGGGGUCAAACACAAAGUCUUGCUGAGACGCCUUCUCGCUGCUUUUUUUGACAGGAACACACUGGCUGACAGCUGUGGGACUGGAAUACGUUCCUCCAACUGUGAUCCGAAUCGCAAGCCACUGGACAGUCGCAUACUCAACACAGUGAAACUCUACUGUCAGAACUUUGCCCCUAACUUCAAAGAAAGCGAGAUGAAUGUGAUCGCCGCAGACAUGUGCACCAACGCCCGGAGAGUUCGCAAGCGCUGGCUCCCCAAGAUCAAGUCCAUGCUUCCAGAGGCGAUCGAGGUGUACAGGGGGACUGCGGUCCUGAGCCAGGUGGAAGGAGCUACCCAGCCAGGCGGUGGCUUUCCCUUUGAGUCAGAGUUCAAACACCUGGCAGCGUCAAAUCUGACUCUGGAGCAGCAUCUCUAUGGAGACUGCAGAGAGACACUGAGGAAUGGCUCUCACUUCAAUAUGGAAGAAAGGUCCCAAAAAGGUGAAGAAGCCAAGACUGAGCCAUCCCGAGCCAAAGAGCCAGACAACCCGCAGGAAGUUGAAAGGCUUCCGGAGAGCCCCGAGAGAGCGGCCAGCGUGCUCGCCCUCAACCCUGCCAGCAAGAAAGGGGAAAAAGAGCGUGCAACCAGCAGCCCCAGAUCACAGAGAGAGGAACAGAACAGACAGAGACCACAAAAAGACGAUCAGUGACUUCCUCCACUUCAUACUAUUAAAAACUGGUCUGCAGCUUCUCACACCAAAAAGGAUCACUAUCAGUAAAGGCAAACCUCUAAUGCCACUGAACAUUACAUUAAAGCUGCAUGAUCAUGGGAACUGGACAUUUUCCAGGAUAGACUGAAAAACAUCUUCAUUAACUACAGUUGUGAUAACAAGUUUACCUACCCCUUGCAGAAUCUACAAAAUGCUUUUUAAAAAUAAAUAAAUAAGGGAUCGUAACAAUUCCAUUUUAGUUUAUUACUCACCUUACAAAGCCUUUUGAGAGAUAUUUACAGUUAUUCCACAAGACAAAGUAAUUAAAUUUAUACAACUGAGCCUUUUCAAAAGUUUACACACCCUUGGAUUUUAAUAUCACAUACUGCAUCCUCAAGCAUCACUGACUGUUUGUAGGUCUUCUGGUUUGUCCUGAGCAGUUAAGCCGUUUUUGACAAAGCCUCCAGGUCCCGUAAGUUAUUUGGUUUCCCAGCAUGCUCUGCACAUUUAAGUUCUUCUACAGUAGCUAUAUAAUGCUGAUAUCCAGUUUUGCUGCUCUAGACAAUUGAGGGACUCAUACAAAACUUGUUUUGAUGCUUGAGGCAACUUAUAAUAUUAAGAAUCAAAGGUAUGUAAACAUCUGAUUAGGAUUUUUGUGUAAUUUAUUUAGUUUUUCUUUACGCAUCUGUUAUGCAGCUUCUUCAGGGCAGUACUAAAUUACUAAAAAAACAAUUUUUAAGAUCUUGUUUUUAAAGAACACUAAAUGUUGAUUCCCCAAGGGGUAUGCAAACAUCUGAGCACGACUGUCUAAGAAAUCGUAAGGAUCUUUAAUGAAGCCAUUUAAAUGAAGCAUACGUAAAUACCGGCACAUAUACAAGCCCAGUACAUUAAGGCAAUCUGCAGUGCGUUUUUUAUGAAUGCAUGUGAUGCAUAAGCUCUGGCAUUUCUGACUAAAUACUCUUGCCAAUUACAGAAACAAAUGGAUCAUGGACUUUUGCAUGGCAAAACAAGUGAAGGACAAAGGCUCUCCUUAAUAUAACACGACUUACAUGCUUCAGAAAUCAACUAUACUGCUUUGACUCCAGCAGGACAGUGGGGUUGCUAUGUACAAAGCUGACUGUGGGACUGCUGAGUUCAGUACAGUAAGGGAAGCUGAACAGAGAACAACAGUUCUCUAGAGAGUAGCCUGGACUCUCAGUUUUCCCUCUCAAGCUUUUUAAUCUUACUCUUGUUCUCAAGCUGCUGUAUAGUAAAUGCUUGCCUGUUUUUUUGCAUAUCAGCUGGUCUGGACAUUUGAAACGUGAUUGUAUGAUUGUUUUUGGAAGCGAAAUAAAGGAAAGGAUUAUUUUGAGGGAUAAUUAGGUUAUGCCUAUUAUUGUUUGU